AUGGGGGAGUUCGCGGAGGCUGAAAGCAUUUCACUGAAACGUCUUAAGGAAGAGCGGAAGGCAUGGAGGAAGGAUCAUCCAUUCGGUUUCGUGGCCAAGCCGGUCAAGAAAGAAGAUGGUUCUCUGGAUCUCAUGACUUGGACGUGCAGCAUUCCGGGCAAAAAGGGGACUUUGUGGGAAGGUGGGCUUUUCAAUCUGCGUAUGUACUUUAAACCUGAGUAUCCCACCACUCCACCAAAGUGCAAAUUCGAACCUGCGCUCUUCCACCCCAAUGUUUUUCCAUCGGGUACCGUUUGUUUGUCUCUACUUGAUGAGGAAAAGCACUGGCGUCCGGCAGUAACCAUCAAACAGAUUUUACUUGGCAUCCAAGAUCUUCUGGACAGUCCAAAUCCGAAGGACCCGGCUCAAGCGGACGCAUACACGCUUUUCAUUCAAAACAAAAAGGAAUACGAUGCACGGAUUAAGAAACAGGCUGAGACAUUCAGGAAUCCUAAUCUAUGA